GGUCACACUGAACAUUGACGUAGUACGUACGCUGCACCCGCAGAUUGGAAUUGGAUUGGCACAAAAGAAGGGCAAUAACCAGCGACAUUGCGAUACUAGGACCAAUCCCAGUGGCCUGAGGCACUUGCUCUGCUAGCAGUGGAACCCUGAAAAUGCGCCUCCAGCGUGGGCACGACCGCCGAGUCCUGUAAUCUGUUCUGUGGGCGAACUUCUGGCGGAGAAGAGUGUAUCGGAGCGGAGGGAGUCGGAAAGCCAAGUGAAAACAAUAUCGGGGCGGCGUCGGCAACGCCAACGUAUCAAGAAAUCAGAAAGUCCAGUGAUCCGGUGAUCCGGCGACCAGUAGAUUCCCAAACUCCAGAGGACACGAUGUGCGGCCUGGACGUGAGACGUUUCUUCGAGGAGUGGCGCAUCUGGAUACGCCCGCUGCUCAUCGUCACCUAUGUCAUCUUCGCCAUCAUUGUGGUGCCGCUGCUCAUCGUGAACUCCGUUAAGGAUGGUUUCCAACGCAACGACCAGCUGAUCCUGAUUGGCGGCCUGUUUGUGCUGUCCGCCGUGCCCGUCUCCAUUUGGCACAUCAUCCAACACGUCAUCCAUUUCACGAAGCCCAUACUGCAAAAGCACAUUAUCCGCAUAUUGUGGAUGGUGCCCAUCUACGCCCUGAACGCGUGGAUCGGCCUCUUCUUUCCGAAGCACUCCAUUUACGUGGAUUCGCUGCGCGAGUGCUAUGAGGCCUAUGUGAUCUACAACUUCAUGGUAUACCUGCUCAACUACUUGAAUCUCGGCAUGGACCUGGAGGCCACCAUGGAGUACAAGCCGCAGGUGCCGCACUUCUUUCCCCUCUGCUGCAUGCGGCCGUGGGUGAUGGGCCGCGAGUUUAUCCACAACUGCAAGCACGGCAUUCUCCAGUACACGGUGGUGCGACCCAUCACCACCUUCAUCUCUGUCAUCUGCGAGCUGUGCGGCGUCUACGGCGAGGGCGAGUUCGCCGGCAAUGUUGCCUUUCCCUACAUUGUGGUCGUCAACAACAUCUCCCAGUUUGUGGCCAUGUACUGCCUGGUGCUAUUCUAUCGUGCCAACAAGGAGGACCUCAAACCCAUGAAGCCCAUUCCCAAGUUUCUGUGCAUCAAGGCUGUGGUGUUCUUCUCAUUUUUCCAAGGAGUGCUGCUCAAUGUGCUGGUAUAUUAUAACAUAAUUAAGGACAUUUUUGGAUCGGAUGUGGGCGACACGAACCUGGCAUCUCUGCUUCAGAACUUCCUCAUCUGCAUUGAGAUGUUCAUCGCCGCCGUGGCCCACAUCUACAGUUUCCCACAUCACCCGUUCCACAUAAACUCGCCGCAGUACUGGAACAACCCGAACCACAGCUGGUGUCGCGCCUUCCUCUCCAUGAUGGACAUCUCGGACAUGCAGGAGGACGUCACCGAGCACCUGGGCGUGGUGGGCAGCUCGCUGAGUCGCCGCUUCCAGGGACGCAGCACGUACCAGCCGCUGGCACGCAGUCCUCGUCGUUCGAGCAGCGAAUCUGAGUAUCUGAUCAGCAAGCGGCAGGAUCAGCAGCUGCCGGGUCACUCGUCGCAAUCAGGUAACAUGUAUGGUGCCACUUCCAGUCGCCUGAUCGUGCCCGUGUAUGAUGGCAAGCUGAACGCGCUGCCCGAAAACCGCCCUACUCACUCCCAAUCUCGAUUUCCCCUAGCAGGCUUGGCCGACGAUGGCAACAGUAGCAAUAGCAACAACUACCAACAACAACAACUACACUUGCCAGGCGCGUCGGGCUCUCAGCCAUCGACGCGACAACGUGAUACCCUGCAUCUUCGCGAGCGGGAAAGAGAUCCGGGUGCGGGUGCGGGUGCUGGCGGAGGUGGCAGCUUCCUGCGCCUGCCCACCGGUGCCGGAGCAACCUCGGCGGCCGCUCCCAUUCCCGAGUCCACCGAUGACUAUGCCCUGCUGUUGGGUGGCGGCGCAGGCAGGUGACACCGCUACCACCAGUACCACUACCAGCACCAUCAGCACCCGCACAUUGACGACGCUUUCGAGGACGAAGAUGGCGUGGACGUGAGCCAGCAGUUGAAUGCCUCAUCGCUCAGCGCUUCGCUGUCCGUUUCGUUUGGCAUGUCGAGCAGUCUGAAGUUUAGUGCCACUGGCAGCAACCAGUCGGCGUCCGAGUGGUCGAACUCAACGGGCGGGGAUGAUGAGGCUGACGACGACGAUGACGUGGACGUGAACGUGGACGGAGAAGAUGGGGAGGAUAACGACGAGCAGCCAGUUGUCGUUGUUGCCUCCACGACGCGGCGCCGUCGCGAUCGCGAGUACAUCACCUAGACGCGCUGACCUUAAAACCUUCUUCAGUUAUACAUAUGUACGCUAUUACUAUAUUUAUUGUUUCCCCCAUAUCUUGAUUUGUGUAAGUUAGGCUUAGAAUACUCAUGAAACGUGCACUUUCUAGCGGCCCCAUCAAAUGGGGUGUUUUUGAAAACGUGGCCUUAGUUUUCAUUGCGAAAGCAACUUAUUUUACACCUCCAUUAUUGUAAUCGUUUUCCUGAUAGCGCACACAAGCUGAUCCACACAUCCCUUAGGCCAAAGAAUCAUCAUUACAUAUGUGCGAAAUGAAGUCAGAUACUUUGUACGAUCGAUUUUUAUGUGCUGAUUUUGUAAACAUACCUUUCCGAAACGAUAUUUUUUUACUCUAUACAUCCCCGCUAGUAAGGUCUCGAACUUUUGUGUGGCAAAGUAGUUAGUUAGUAAUACGCCUGAACCGAUUGUGAAUUUUGUGACUGCCGCCGGUCAGAAAAGGGCGUGACUUGUGUUUAAAUAGAAAUUCUUAUUGUAAAACUAAUAUACACUGUAAUAAUAUAAUUUUGAAAACUA